AUGUCUUCUUUUCCAGAACUUUUUAUUUCUUACACGACCUCCUUUUAUAACUCCUCUCUUAAUUUGUAUCUUCUUUUUGAAUCUUUUCAUUUCUUCCCCUCCCUCAAUGCUCCUCUCAUAAUUUGCAUCUUCUUUCCAGAUCUUUCAUUUCACACCUCCAUCGAUAACUCUCUCUCUUAUCUUUCAUUUCUUCACACCCUCCUCAUAACUCCCUCUCUUAAUUUGUAUCUUCUUUUCCAGAUCUUUCAUUUCUUCCACCCUCCCUCAUCUUUUUCAUUUCUUCCACCCUCCCUCUAUAACUCCUCCUUAAUUUGUAUCUUUUCAUUUCUUACGCCCUCCCUCUAUAACUCCCCUCUUAAUUUGUAUCUUCUUUCCAAGAUAUUUCAUUUCUUCCGCCCUCCCUCGAUAACUCCCUCUCAUAAUUUGUAUCUUCUUUCCAGAUCUUUUCUGGGCUCUUUCACGCCCCUCCUCGAUAACUCCCUCUCUUUUAAUUUGUAUCUUCUUUCCAGAUCUUUUCAUUUCUUCACCCCUCCUCGAUAA